ACCCCUUUCCCCCUCCCUUCUACAUACCAACCGCACCACCCAAGCUCUAGCCCGCACCAAUCCUCCCACAAAAUGGCCACCGCCUUCGCUACCUCCUCCUCCGUCGUCGGCCUCGGAACCGCCUCCCUCUCCUCUCCUUCCUCCCGGUCUCCCCGCCUCGUCUCCGGGUUUGUGAAGUUGCCGGUGACUGCCAGGAAUCCGUUUGCCGUGGCGCGUGCAUCCGGCGGAAGGUUCACCUGCUUUGAGAGAGAUUGGUUGCGGAGAGAUCUGAAUGUGAUCGGAUUUGGACUGAUCGGGUGGAUUGCACCGUCGAGCAUUCCCGUGAUCAAUGGGAAGAGCUUAACUGGGCUCUUCUUUGAGAGCAUUGGAGCAGAGCUUGCGCAUUUUCCUUCUCCACCCGCUCUCACUUCUCAGUUCUGGUUGUGGCUGAUUACGUGGCACUUGGGUCUCUUCAUUACGCUUACUUUCGGACAAAUCGGGUUCAAGGGGAGGACCGAAGACUACUUUUCAAAGUGAAAAUGUAAUAAUUCUUAAAAAGGAGAGGGAAUUCUAGUUUUUAUUGUUAUUCAUGUUUAUAAGUUAUAAGUAGUGUUUAUGGCCAUGAUUUUCUUCAUGUAAAUCGUUUCAACUUCCAAAUCUUGUUAUAACUUGUGUUAAUCGAUGAAAUAACGCAUUCACUAAUCC